UAUUACGACUUAUGUAAAAACAUGUCAUCAACCAGACUCAAGUUGGGUCAAAUAUCCUGCAAAAUUAAUCAAAACAUAUGCAUCUUACGAUGAAGCAAGACAAAAACUCAAUAAAGCAGUUAAGGGGGAUGAUCUGUGUACAACCGACGCAGAUGAAAGGAAAAAAACCAGAAAAUCGCGAAUGUCAAAAUUUUCCCGAGAAGAUAAAAAUGAAGAUGAUGACAUGGCAAUCAAUCGUUCAAAGAAAACAUCUUUUAAAAGAAUUCGGCAAUUCCCGGCUAGUGGCAGCGAAGACGAAAUGGCGAAUUCUUCUGUUCCGCCAAAACCACCAGCAAUUGCAUUAGCCAAUACCAAGCUUUCCUCACAAAGCAAUCUACAAUCUCAACGUUCUUGCAUCAAAAGAACAAAAAGUUUGCCAUCAAACAGUAAGAAGCCAACCAGAAAUGAGAAUGUGAGAUGCUUUCCUGAAAAGCAAACAGGUUUGCGAGAUACAACUAGCAAGCCAAAUGACUCGUUUAAAGACGACAGCGACAUACUUUCGUUUUCAGAUCGAACUCAUCAUUUUUCCACCCGAUAUCGUCCUGUAAAUUACGGGUAUUCUGUUCCAGAAUUUGGAGAUGAAGGCGAAUUUCAGUCAAUGGACACUGAUUUGAACCAGUCAAACAGUGAAAAUCCAGCAAACACCAGAAUUAAUCAUGCGAGACAUGGAUCUGAAAAGCAUAGUUUGCAACCUAAUACGUCCAGCAACAGCAUUGACACAAUUGAAGAUGAUGGUAAUAUUUCCAUAAAUAUUCAAUUACCGUUUUCAGGCCAAGCUGUGCAUUUUUCUACUAGACAUCGUCCAGUAAAUUACGGUUACUCUGUUCCAUGAUUAAGCGAUGAAGAAGACUCUACGGACACUUGGACUUCUGCUAUGGAACCUGAGAAAGCAAAAACCAAAUCGUUUCAUGAUAGUGACACCAAUCAUUCAGUUACUAAAGCAAAAUUAGCGCUGUCAUCAAAAAGUAUAGCAGGGAAGUCAAAUUCAGACAAAGGAAAGAGUUUGUUACCAUCAUCCAAUAAUAAACAGC